GAUGGGUGUGAAAGACUUCAAGCUGUUUACUGGGAUUACACUUGAGAAAGGGCUAAGCCCGAAACAUGUUGUGUGAUUUGUAGUCAAUAAAAUACUUUUCUAGCAGUAACUGCUAUUUGAGUGCUCUCCUCUAUCCUGCAGAAUUUGGAGUCUACAUAGGAUUGCGGUAAUCCUUUGCUGAGGAUCGAAGCAUUGAGGAAUUAACCCCUGUACGGCUGAACAUAAGAACAAACACAUGCUGUCCAAGGACUGAACACAUCGCAAUGGGUUUCAAUGAUCUCCUGCUGAGUGUCGGUGGCCUGGGACGGUUUCAAAUCAUCCAUACUACAAUGCUGUUGAUUCCAAUGAUCUUUAUGAGUUGCCAUAACUUUUUACAAAACUUCACUGCUGCUAUUCCUGCACACCGCUGUUGGGUACCCUCGUUGGACAACAAUACAAUGGGCUAUGACCAGAAUGAUCUGCCAGCAUUUAUUCCUGUGGACGAAAGUGAAAAGCCCAUGAGCUGCUUGCGUUACAGGAGAACUCUCUAUAAUAUGUGGACAAAUGGUACUUUAACAAACUAUACAGAACCUUGUGAAGAUGGAUGGGUCUAUGAUAAGAGUGACUUCUCUUCUACCAUUGUCACAGAGUGGGACUUGAUCUGUAAACUUCGUCAAAUGAGGCAAAUAGCCCAGUCCAUCUACAUGGCAGGAGUGUUGGUGGGAGCUGUAGUGCUUGGAGGAGUGUCUGACAGAUUUGGAAGGAGGGCUAUCCUGAUUGUCGCAAACCUUGCAAUGGCUGUCUGUGGGACCUGUGCUGCUUUCCUUCCCAACUUUAUUACCUAUUGCACGUUCCGAUGUCUCUGUGGGAUCGCAUUCUCAGGCAUCGUUCUCAAUUCCAACUCUCUGAUUCUUGAAUGGACACCACCAAAGGGACGGACUGUCUUGGGAACUCUAUUCACUGCUAGCUUUACCUGUGGCCAGCUUCUGUUAGCAGCACUGGCGUAUGGCAUCAGAGAAUGGCGGUGGCUGCAGUUCACUGUAUCUGCCCCAUUUUACUUCUUCUUCUUGUAUUCUUGGUUGGUGCCAGAAUCUGCACGUUGGCUCAUACUGAAAGGUCGAUCUCGUGAAGCUCUAAAAUACCUGCGAAGAGUAGCCAUAAUAAAUGGAAAAAGAAAGGAAGGAGAAAUGUUAUCUCAGAAGAUACUUAUCUCCCACAUGCAAUCUGAAAUAAGCCAAGUUAAACGUUCGCACUCGAUAUUUGAUUUGUUUCGUACCCCAGGAAUGCGUAAAGUGACUAUAUGCCUCAUGAUGGUAUGGUUUUCUUCAGGUGUUGCAUUUUAUGGAAUUGGUAUGGACCUUCAGAACUUUGGAAUCAGUAUUUUCCUGCUGCAGUUUACAUUUGGAGCCAUUGAUUUGCCCGCUAAGUUGGUUGCUGCACUGUUAAUGACCUACGCAGGACGACGCGUGACACAGACUACAGUACUGAUUUUAGCUGGGGUGGCACUCCUGGCCAAUGCCUUUAUACCUCAGGACAUGAAGAUAUUGCGUAUGGUUCUGGCUGUUUUUGGGAAAGGAUGUAUGGCAGCAUCUUUUGCUUGUGCCUACCUGUUCUCAGGAGAACUGUUUCCCACAGUGAUCAGACAGACCGGGACAGGUGUUGUUGCAAUGAUGGCCCGAGUAGGCUCUGUGGUGGCUCCAUUGAUAUUGUUGCUCUGGGAAAUCUCACCUAUCCUACCAUCUGCGAUCUAUGGUGUGACUGCUAUAAUAUCUGGAGGUGCAGCCACAUUUCUGAUGGAAACCCGCAACCAGCAGCUGCCCGAAAGUGUUGAAGAGGUGGAAGCCAGGUCACGAGACAAAGGUACCGUUAAAAAGAUUUCAAAGGAAGAGGUGCCUCUUAACCAAUGUGAGUCACAAAAGAUGGUUCCCAAAGAUGAAGUUCCACUUAACCAGAGUCAGUCACAUUCUGCACCACCCAAAGCACUUAUGGUGGACACUGUCUGAAGCCACCAACCUGUUAUUUUUCAUUGUGUUUUCUGAUAUGGACUGUCACACAAGAACAGAAACAGAGAAUGUUCUGUUAUUUAUGCAACGCCCAAUAACGUUUCAAGUUGGAUUACAAGGAAAAAAGAAUGUAAAUAUUAGCAUAUAUUGUGCCCUGAGCACUUCUAAACACCCUUGCAGCGCUGAUUUUAUAGUCACUUAAGUUGCUGUAAAAGAGCAUUUUGUUCACAUGCUAGAUAAGUUUGCAUCAAGCAGAUACUGAGAACCUGGAGCAGGGUAUAUUACCAGGUUGUGAAAAGACCACAAUCAGACCUAUACAUUCAGAAUGGGUCCAUUCUGGAUGCCCCGUACUAACCUGAACCUAAUAUAUAUAUAUAUAUAUAUAAAUAAUACACAAAAGCCAUGAAUAUCUUGUAAAUUAUAUCCUUAUCCAUCAGUUAUAAAUGGUGAGUAAUGAUGUCAUUUUUGUCACAUGACUCACUAAAACUUGUGUAUUAUAAGAAAUAAAGGACCCCUUGUUGGAAAAUAUGAGGAUAUUAUAACCUCAGAGCUCCAUGACCUUUAAUAUGGUCAUGGACCUCUUUGGUGACUUA